AUGACAGACCUGCUUGAUGUGCUCUCUGGAGCUAGCCGCCUUCGCCUAGGUAUCCCAUGCUCGCUUGCCGACGAAAGUCCUUGUUUUGGUGGCUCACACCGCGUCUUCAAAGUUGUCUUUGAAGACUCCAUACGAUGGGCUGCCCGAGUCAGCGACGAUCUCAGUAAUUGGAAAAACGAACUGCGAGCUGUCAGACAAUUCCAACACAUUAAAAAAGAACGCGUAGAGAUCAAAGCCCCAGACCUCUUCGUUGAAGCAGAGCACCCUGUGCUAUAUUCGGAAUGGAUCAAUGGCAAGCCGCUAGCAAUCUGGAAUUCUCAAAUUCCUUUGCUUAAACGUCAAAGGCUUUUGGAUGAUCUUGCGGAAUUUCUAUUGCAACUAUGGACUACUCCUGUUCCUCCCGCCCUUGCUCGAGAGAAAAGUUGUCUGUACUCUCUUUGGCUCACUGAAAGCCUGGAUCGAGGACUUCGGCGAACUCUCAGAGGUACUGCUAGAUGGGGCAAUGCUAUUGACUAUCUGAUCAUGCGGUCUAUGAUCCCAAAUUAUGCUGCCGAGUUUGAUAAAUACGCUGGCAUCGGUUUUACCCACGGGGAUCUGAACGCGCAUAAUAUCAUGAAAAAUGACGAAUUCUACCUGACAGGGGUCAUUGACUGGGAUUGGAUGUCUGUGGCACCGCUGCCAGCCAUUAUCCACCAUCCUUGGUUCAUAGCCGAUAUUCCUGGAUGGAAUAAUGAUGGUGUAGCAGAGGGUGAAAGCUUCGCUGUGGACCGUCUUUACCUUGAGAACUCAAUCAGGAAGAAAGAGAUUUCGCAGCACCUGCCUCGUACUGUAUCGACGUUGCUGAGUGACUCUGGGAAGAGACUGUUUUUCCAAUCAGCCUUCCACUUCAAAGAUAUUCAUGAGGAGUUCGUCAGGAUGCACUGUCCAUGGACAGAAAAGAACAUCAGGGCUGCAAAGUCACAGUUAGAUACUGUGCUUUGUUUGUAUCCUGAGUUGGGAGGUGAAGAAAGAGUACAGGAAGUCAAAGACCUGCUGCGGAGUAACAGUGAAGAAUAG